AUGGAUGAGCUGCUGCAAAGUUAUGUGAAAAAGAAGGGCAUAGCUGCUUCCUUCGAGUUGGGCCGCUACAGUGCCCUGCAGACACAGAAUGCUAUCAAUGGCUCUGCGCUGUCGAAGCUGAAAGAGUUGGUAGGUGUCUUGAUGAAGUUGGAGACGGGCCUGCACUUCAAGUUUUCAGACUUGAAGGGGUCCUUGCGGAGGUGCUGCCUACAGUUUCCGGAGUUGAGGUACAAGAUGGAGGAAAGCAAGAGGUGUGACUAUGAGGGAACCAUGGCUUCUGCCUUGCUUUGUGUCUGUGCGCAUACCAGGCGCCUGAAAGACUCAACAAGAUUCCGGGAGGCUUGCUCAAAGUGCACAGACGACGAAAAGAAAGAGCUCUUGGAGAUGAAGAAGUGGCUUAGUGGAGAAGAAAGCGAAGGAGAGGACCAAGAAUCUGUGGCUGGUUCCAUAGAGCUUCCAAGCUUGCCAGCAACACCUUUGAUGGCAACACCGAAGAAGAGAAAGGCAGUGGCCUCGGCCACGCUAGAAGAGAAAGGACAGCCUGACUUGGAUGAGGAAGCAGAAAUGGCGACCCCACUGCCUUCCAGAAAGGCAAAGCUGAAGGAGAAAGUCCUGAAGAGGCCUGCAGCUGUUUCACCGCAAAAGAAACCAGCAGCUAAGAAGGUUGAGAAAAAGAUGGAAGGCAAGAAGAGCUGGGUUCUGAUGUACUACAAGAGAAGCAAGGUCAGAAAGAGUGAUGCAUGGGCGGUUCGCCAGUGUGGGGGCUCGCAAUUGUUUCAAAUGGUGUGUUCAAAAGACAAGAAUGCGGAAGGCAUUUGCAAGCAGGCUGUGAAAAAGUUGGAAGAUGGAGAUUCGCCUAGGCCUGCAGCUCAUGAGAAAGAGGAAAAGCCGCCAAAGACCCACAAGAAAAAUGGAAAGGACAAAGAAGAGGAGGAAGAAGAUGAUGAGAUUGUGGAACCGCUACCUCUCACCGAGGAGGCGCUGCAGAGCCACAACAAGUUCCUCUCUGAAAUGUCAAAACACAAGGACAUGAGCCAGACGCAAUUUGACAAGACAUUGGCCACCUUACCGAGUCGCACAGCUGAGAGGUUGUGGAAGGCCUUUGAGGCGUGCAGAAAAGAGACAGGGAGUGAUGGACAGUACAAAGAAGCAUCUAGCGGCUGUGGCCAGCAGAAAAAGAAAAGAGCGCCCUUCCAGAAAUGGGGGGCAGAGGAACUGAAGGAUCGACUGCAGAAAGGCACCAUCAAAGCUCGCCGCAAUCCCUUGGACAGGGACUACUGGGAGUUCCAAGCCAUUGUUGAGAAGAAGUCCAAUAUGGCAGAGAAGGACCGAGAAACCCAGUAUGGAUCUGCAUGGCAGAAGGUUGACCACAAGAAGAUGGCGGCGAUUGAAGCUGUGGCUGUAGACGAGGUGCACUCCAGCGACAUGGAGUUGUGUGAACAGUUUGAAACGACGAAGUAUGGAGAGCACAGACUGAAGAUGAUUACAGCCUUGGACGACAUGCUGCAGCUGAUGGACAUGAAGCUCUACAGAUUUCCCGCUGCUUUGCGGGACAAGUUCGCCCAGAAGGUCCACAGCCAGUCUCCGCCGAAGGCGGCUGAAAGCAUCAUGCAGAAGUACAGGCUCAGCAUGCACUUAAUUCUCAGUGGCUUGAUGGUUUUAGACGAGGAAGGAGAUGACUGA